AUGAUGAAUGCUCCAACAAAUCUGGAACUGGGUAACGAGCAAAGGACUCUACACACCCUCACAGGAGUCCCAACCCAUGAGCUGCAGGCAUUUUCUGGCAUGCUAGAAGUUGCAACAAAGGGUAAGAGGAAAAGGGGUAAGGCUCCAGCUGAACCUAAACCAAAGAAGCAAGCUGCAAAGAGUGCAAAGACCCCAAAAUCGUCAGGAAAACAAGAGAAAAUCACUGACACUUUCAAAGUGAAAAGGAAAGUGGACCGAUUUAACGGGGUAUCUGAAGCUGAACUUUUGACAAAAACUUUGCCUGAUAUUCUUACAUUUAACUUGGACAUAGUUAUUAUUGGAAUAAAUCCAGGUCUUAUGGCAGCUUACAAGGGCCAUCAUUAUCCAGGUCCUGGAAACCAUUUCUGGAAAUGUCUGUUCCUAUCAGGGCUCAGUGACAAGCAGCUGAACCACGCUGAUGACCAUGCACUUCCAGAGCAAUAUGGCAUUGGCUUCACGAACAUGGUGGAGAGAACCACUCCAGGGAGCAAGGACCUCUCUAGCAAAGAAUUUCGGGAAGGUGGAAGAAUACUUCUACAGAAGCUUCAGAAGUAUAAACCACGUAUAGCUGCCUUCAAUGGAAAAUGUAUAUAUGAAAUUUUCAGUAAAGAAGUAUUUGGUGUCAAGAUUAAAAAAUUUGAAUUUGGAAUCCAGCCACACAGAGUUCCUGAUACAGAGACAGUUUGCUAUGUUAUGCCUUCUUCCAGUGCCCGGUGUGCACAGUUUCCCCCGAGUGCUCAGGACAAGGUACAUCACUACAUCAAGUUAAAGGACUUAAGAGACCAUCUAAAGGGCACAGAGCUGACCAGAGAGGUUCAAGAAGUGCAGUAUACAUUUGACUUGCAGUUGGCUCAGGAGGAUGCAAAGAGGCAGGCUGUGAAGGAAGAGAAGUAUGAUCCUGGCUAUGAUGAAGCUGCUAGUGGGAAUUUGAAUGAGCAAAGGCCUAAUGGAGACAGCAGUUCAUGCAACUUGCCUAAUUUGGAAGGUAAGUGCUCUGGUGGUGAUUUUUUGCUUUACUUCAAGACUAGUAUGCAUUUGUGUUUUUGUUUUUUUUGUUUUUUUUAA